AUGCAGCAGGAGCAUUGGCGGUGGCGGAGCGAUUGGCGAGCAGCCCUGGCGACCCAGUGGAGCGUGGUGGACAUUCGACGGCGAGCGGCGGAGUUCCAGGCGGAGACUGGAGUGUGGCGGUGCAGCGGCACGGCAGAACCAAAAGGACGACCAUCAUUAAGGAGAUUGGAUUUAUACCUGGCAUGUGCCAACACAGUCUUCAAUACUUUCUACGGCCUCAUUGUCAUCCUCCUCACCUUGGGCUCUGACCUCCUCUUCAUCUUCAUCUCCUACAGCCUGAUCCUGAAGGCAGUCCUGGGCAUGACCUCUGGGGAUGAAGGCCACCGCAAGGCCCUGGGCACCUGCGUCUCCCACCUCUGUGCCGUCCUGGUCUUCUACGUGCCAGUGCUCGGGCUCUCUGUUGUGCACCGGUUUGGCCGGCACGCCUCUCCCCUUCUCCACGUCGUCAUGGGCAACAUCUACAUCCUCCUCCCACCCCUGAUGAACCCCAUCAUCUACAGCAUCAAAACCAAGCAGAUCUACAGCAGGAUCCUCAGAAUGGUCUCACUCAAGAGAGUCUGA